CCAGGCAGGCAGGAAGGAAGGAAGGAAAGAGAAACCAAGCAAGAAAGUGAGCGAGCGCGGAGCCGGAGGGAGAGCAGAAAGCUGAAGCGUUCUAGAGCCGUGCGCCUCCUUCCUCUGCCUCGUCUCCCCGCCAGCGCUGGGUUUUGCCGAAGUUGAUAUGAUUGUAUUAUGUAGGCUUUUGGAAAGAUCCUUAAUAUACAAUAUUUUCUAUGUUAAUCUUGUCAGUUUUUAUGGAGUCAAUUACAUUGCGAAGAUGACAUUCACUACUUGCAGCUCCAUGUCUUUUACAAAAAUCACUUUGAGCUGAAGAAACUUGAAGAGGUGUUGUGAGCAAACAGAUAUUUUCUGCUGGUUGGUGGACACCAAAUUUAAGAGAGUUCUCUUGCAAGUGAACAUGUAUGCAACCUGACUAUUGCCACAUGACUGUGUGGGGCAAUAUACGGAAUGAAGUCAUGUCAUCCACCAGCAAUGGCGCUGAUAUUGAAGAAUUUUUGGACAACAUUAACCUUGUGCAGUAUCUUCCUCACUUUAAAAAAUAUGGCUAUAACAUUGUGGCUGAUUGUGUGGGAAUAAAUAACAGUGUGCUUCAGGAAAUGGGAGUGUUGCCUACAGGGCAUCGCAGAAGGAUUCUUAAGCAGUUGGACAACAGUCUUUCGAAAAUGCAAGGAAAUUCUCUUUUCGGUGAAAAUUUGAAAGACUUGAAAGGUUUAGCAGAGAAGCAAUAUUCAUCCUYAGAUCAGGAGUCUCCUGUAAGCAAUUCAAGUGUAGAGGGGAGUGGCUUUAUACCUGCAACAUCAUCAGAACAACUUAAUAAAUCUUAUGUUAAUAAGGAAAAGUUCGAACUUGCAGAGCAAAAGUCAACGGAGGCAAAUGAUGAUAGUUUUACAGACUUUUCUAGYUUAUACCAGAAUUCAGACAGCAUGCUGAAGGCUGACAGUCAAAGUGGAAGUAUCAAGAGGAAUACUCAGCCAGAUGCAUCACUGACAGAAGCUGCUGCAUACMAAGCUGAUGAGCACUUGACUGGCCCUUUGGUGUUUCGUGAUCCUCCUUCAUUUGUUCGUUCAUGCGAGACAAAACACAACGAAAACAAACAUCAGAGGUUUGCAGAUGAGAGUGAUUUGUCUGAUAGCAAGCCAGAUACUCCUUUCUAUAAGUUUAAAGGAGAAAUGAUAGACAAUGACUUAUAUGGUUCCUGUACAUUAAAYUGCAUGAAAGUAUUUCCAAGAGCAAGCCGAUCUUUUAUCUUAAGGCAUCGACCUGUACCAGAAAUUCCCGAAUCAAGCAAAGUUCAAGCUUCAUCAAGUUCCCUUCAGAGAAGAAGAAAUAUGGACCUUGUAAAUAUUUCUUGCACUGGGAGGCAAACUUCACAAAACAAUACUUCCAUAGAAGAAAAGCCUCCCAUUAUCUCUCCGUAUGGGGAAACCUUUAUUUGUGACAACGCUAAUGAUGCUAAAGAACUUCAUGGAAAUGAAUUCCUGGCUUCUGAAAAUAAAUUUGAUCUAGGAACAAAUGAAGAAUAUUCUUCCAAGAAUCUAUGUUACUUUAAUAACCAGAAAGAGAAKAUCAAAGAAUUUUCAAAAAAUGAAUCCACAUCUCAGGAAGACCAAUCAUUAACACCAGAAGAAUCUGAAAGUGAAUCUGUAUAUUCUGUUGUGGAUCAACGUUCUUUGCCUUUAAAGAAAAAGAAAAAUAAAGCCAAAACACAUUCAGCAUCUUGUAGUAAGACACAAAGUGAGGAUUCUGAUUGCUUGGCCAGUGAACAUACGAAUUUUGGGCAAUUUGGUGGAGAUCAAACUUUGAUUGGAAAUGAAUCAAUAACACCAUAUGCUUGCUUUUAUGGACCAUCAGUGAAGAAGGUUAAAGCAGGAUGGCUGGAUAAAUUAUCCCCUCAAGGCAAACGUGUGUUUCAGAAGCGCUGGGUUAAAUUCGAUGGAGAGAGCAUUUCUUAUUACAACAAUGAAAAGGAAGUGUUCUCAAAGGGAAUAAUACUGCUCUCAGCUAUAGCAACAGUAAGAGUUCUUGGGGAGAAUAAGUUUGAAGUUGUCACGUCCCAUAGGACUUUUGUUUUCCGUGUGGAUAAAGAAGAAGAAAGAAAUGACUGGGUUAAUACAGUGCUCAAUGCCUUGAAAUUGCAGUCUGAUAAUAACUCCAAGUCUCGAACGUUGGUCACCCCUGAGAAAAGUGGGUAUCUUGAGCUGAAAGGAUACAAAACCAAAAUCUUUAUUCUGCUUCAGGGGAGUACUGUAUGGAUCUGCAAAAAUGAGCAGGACUUUAAGACAGGAUUUGGUAUCACUCUAAUCCCUAUGAAUGUGGCAAAUGUAAAACAAGUGGAUCGUGCUGCAAARCAAUCUUUUGAAAUAAUUACUCCUUAUAAAAGCUUUAGCUUUACAGCAGAGUCAGAAAGAGAGAAACAAGACUGGAUUGAAGCACUCCAGCAAUCAAUAGCAGAAACUCUAUCCGAUUAUGAAGUAGCGGAGAAGAUUUGGUUCAAUGAGUCCAACAGGAGCUGCGCUGACUGUAAAGCUCCCAAUCCUGACUGGGCAUCCAUCAAUCUCUGUGUUGUCAUUUGUAAGAAGUGUGCAGGACAGCACAGAUCUUUAGGACCAAGAGAUUCAAAGGUCCGCAGUCUAAAAAUGGAUGCCAGCAUUUGGAGCAAUGAGCUUAUUGAGCUCUUUAUUGUCAUUGGAAAUAAGAGGGCAAACAGUUUUUGGGCUGGAAAUCUUCCUCCAGAUGAAGAAUUGCAUACUGAUGACYCUGCGGAUAAAAGGAUAGCAUUCAUUACACAAAAAUACAAAGAGGGAAAAUUCAGGAAAACACCUUUUCUCUACAAAACCAAGGAACAGUUGAAUAAGGCCCUGUGUGCUGCUGUGGUCAAGCARGAUGUGCUGGAAACGCUGAUGCUGCUCUUCAGUGGGGCUGAUGUGAUGUGUGCCACUGGAGACCCUGGCUACAGUACCCCCUACUUAUUAGCCAAGAAGGCUGGACAAAGACUGCAGAUGGAAUUUCUGUACCACAAUAAGUUCUCAGAUUUCCCAAACUAUGAUACUUGUUUUGAAAGUGGCUUCUCUGAAGAUUCUUCCCAUUCCAACUUUCUUUGUGAAUUCUUAUACAAAGUUUCUUCUAAUACACCCAAGCUUCUUACAGAGAAGAAAUUAAAAGAAGAUGGCAACAAAAAAUGGUGCACUUUGGAAAGUGGCUUUCUGAGCUACUAUGAAAAUGAUAAAACUACCACUCCUAAUGGUAUGAUUGACAUCAGUGAAGUUAUCUGUCUUGUAGUACACAAGUCAGACCUGUUUAUAAACAGAGGGGACAUCUUUACAUUUGAARUAUACUUAAUGUCAGAACGGGUUUUUCUAUUUGGAGCUGAAACAGCAUAUUCACAAAGGAAAUGGACUUGUGCAAUAGCUAAGCAUUUUGUUCCCCCCAUGGCUGAAUCGUUGUUAGAGCGAGACUAUGAUUUGAUCGGGCAGCUGUACUACAAAGAUCGCCAUAACCUGGAUCAGUGGAGGAAAGGCUGGUUUGCUAUAGACAAGUCAAGCCUUUAUUUUUGCCUUGAAAUGGAGGAUGCUGAAGAAGAUUCCAUAUAUCUAAGGAGGUUACAAGAACUAACAACCAGUAGUGUGAUGCAAAAUGGAGAGAGAAUAGAUGUCCUGCUGCUUGUUGAAAAAGGAAGAACGCUAUACAUCCAUGGCCAUACAAGGCUGGAUUUCAUGGUCUGGUAUACUGCAAUUGAAAAAGCAGCAGGUACAGAUGGUAAUGCAUUACAAGAUCAGCAGCUCAGCAAAAAUGAUGUUCCYAUUAUAGUGAACAGCUGCAUAGCAUUUGUUACACAGUACGGUUUAGGUAGCAAGCAAAUCUAUCUUAAGAAUGGUGAUUCCUCUAAUGUGGCUGAACUGCUGGAAAACUUCAAAAAAGAUGCAAGAAGUGUUAAACUAAGAGCAGGAAAACAUCAGCUUGAAGAUGUGACUGAUGUACUGAAAAGUUUUCUUUSUCAAAUAGAUGAUGCACUUCUCACUAAAGAACUUUAUCCAUUCUGGAUCUCUGCAUUGGAUACACAGAAUGAAAAGGAACGUGUGAGGAAGUACAGAGCUUUUAUUCGGAGUCUUCCACCAGUCAAUAGAGCAACUCUGGCUGCUUUAAUUGAACAUCUUUACAGGGUGCAGAAGUGUUCUGAAAUUAAUCAUAUGAACCCUCACAAUUUAGCCAUGGUGUUUUCCUCAUGCUUAUUUCAAACUAAUGGCCAAACUAGUGAAGAAGUGAAUGUAAUUGAAGAUCUAAUUAAAAAUUAUGUGCAACUUUUUCAUAUAAAUGAAGAUCAAGUCAAACAAAUGGAUAUAGAGAACAGCUUUAUUACAAAGUGGAAAGACACUCAGGUUUCCCAGGCUGGAGAUUUGCUUAUUGAAGUUUAUGUGGAAAGAAAGGAGCCAGACUGUAGUAUUAUAAUCAGGGUAUCACCUUUGAUGGAAGCAGAGGAAUUAACUAAUGAUGUUUUAGGAAUCAAAAACAUUAUUCCCAGCAAAGAUGAUAUCUGGGCUGCCUUUGAAGUACUUGAAAAUGGAGAACUAGAACGUCCUCUGCAUUAUACAGAGAAUGUACUAGAACAAGUUCUUCAUUGGAGUUCACUACCAGAGCCUGGCACAGCGUAUUUAAUAAUAAAGAGAUUCCUAACAGCAGACAUGAUGAAUAUCUACAGUGAGAAAAAUGAGAAAGGUAGCGCGAAAGCAGGCAAUCUGAAGUGCAAGGAAGAACCAUCAAAACUACUGUCUGGAAACAAAUUUCAAGACCGUUAUUUUGUGUUACAGGAAGGAAACUUGCUUCUCUAUAAGGAUAUGAAGGCCAGCAAACCUGAAAAAGUGUUGYCUGUCAAUUCUCUGAAGCUUUAUCUUGGAGUGAAAAAGAAAAUGAAGCCACCAACAAACUGGGGACUUGCAGUGUUUUCUGAAAAGCAUCAAUGGUAUAUAUGUUGUGAUGGACAAGAUGURCAGAUGGAGUGGAUGAUGAGCAUUUUUAUGGCACAGCAUGCAGAUAUAUGGCCACCUGCUGGAAAAGCAAGAAAACAAUCCAUAACUAAAAGUCCAAAGAUCAGAGGCUUACCACUAAUCCCCAUUCAUCAGGAGAAGAACACUUGUAAAAUCAGAGGGAAUACAGAAAAUAUAGAGGUACAAACUGCAAAGUCAAGAUUUGGUGAACAUCAUGAAAUUGAACUUCUGGAAGAAGGAAAAAACAUGAAAGAAAAAGCAUUUAUUGUUGCACAAUGUUUGGAAAGAAAGGAGGAGAAAGUUCGAAAUCAUGCAAAAGCACAUCGAAGCUUGAUUUCUGAGGAUGAUGCAGUUUCAGGGAUGACUGACCUACACCAAAGACCAGAUAAGACAUUGAAGAAAAAUAAAAACAAGACAAACAAAACAACUUUGGAAUUAGAUAGCAAAUUGCCACCAAAUGUGAUUCAAGAACUAAAUACAGUGCUUCUGAAGAACAGACCACUUCAUGAAACCUCCAGCUGAUAUCCUGAGUCUGAAGUGUAAUACUUGUAUAUACAUAAAUAUUUGUGCCUGUGAGUGUAUUUUCUGUUCAAAAGUAGUCUGUUUUGAUGAGUGUACAGUGCAGAAGAAAUAUAACUUGUUUAUAUGCAGCUAUUGAUUUUGUAUAUAUGUAUGCCCCAUGUUAUAAUUUAAGAUUGAACUGGGAGAACUGAUUAUAGAAAACUCCUGAAGUUUGGAAAUUUUUCUGUGCAGUGCAAGGACACCAGGGUUUUGUCUAUUUUUUUUUGUUUGUUUCAGGUUUUGUUUGAUACAGGGAUUUUAAGAACUGUCAAAAGCUUUUGUUCUGUUUGUACUCUGUACCACUUUGUAAGUACUGGAGAGAUAUUUCUCGAAGACAAGAUAUACUUUGAAAUUCAUACUGUAGGCCUGCAGUAUUUUUGACUGUCUAACACUAUAAAAAGUAGGAAUAUUGAUUUGAAAUUGAUUUUUGGUUGGUUUUGUUUGGUUGGUUUGUUUUGGGAUUUUUUGUUUCUUUGGGUUUUGCUUCUUUUGUUUUGGGUUUGUUUGUUUGUUUGUUUUGAUUUGAUUUAAGGAGAAAAUUAGUAUUUGCUUCCAUAGAUUUGUCCUCUGACAAAGCUUUAUAUAAAAGAAUCAGAAGGGAGAGAAGUGUGGUAGAUGAGACUGUGUUUGUUCCUGUAUCUUGAAACUGUGUCUCUGUGGUGUGCACCUGAUUAGGACAUCUAAGUAAAGAGAAUACUGAGGAGGACAAAAAAAGUCUUAAAAGCAAUAUCUAAUUUCAGAAGGUAUGUGAAUUAGAAGAGUAGCAUCAUCUCUGUGCUCAGUGGGCUGAAGUACUUUUUUAAACAGGCCUUGGUUAGCUCAGGGUGACAAAGGCAGGCUUUUCUACUGCUGUUUGGAUAGAGCUUGCUUGGUGCUAACAACAUUGCUGACCUCUCAUGAAUAUUUAGUAUUUACGUGAGAAAGUAAUUCCCUUAAGAAAAAAUGGUCCCUACACAAAUCAGAAUGGCACCAGCACAAUUAAGAAGUGCCAAAUCCUAAAUGUGGGAAGAAAUUUACCUCUUUCUUUAUCAUGAGGACAAAGGUGAAUAGUGUGCUAUUUGCAGGGACUAGGAAAYGCUUGUGCUACAGCCAUAGCGCUGCUCUUCUGAGUGUGAGGACAGGUCCCAGGGUUGAGAGAACUUGCUGCCUUCUGAAUAUGUAGGUAGCAGUUCCUGAAGAAACGUGGUUCCACCAAACGUGGAAGCAUAGUACAGCUUCUUUGAUUUUUUAAGCCCAGAGUUCCUUAAGUUUAAAAAUCAGCAUUUCUCUUCAAAACAAAACCUAUUCAAGGAAUGAAAUUAUUUUCAGUUGUUUUGUAGACCUUACCCUCACUUACCYCUCGGGAUUGCCUUCUUAUCUGGUGGCCUAUCCAUUUUUGCUGUGUUCCAUAGCRGCUGGAUGGCAAAAGGCGCUGUCUGGCUGAGGCUGUUUGCAGUGUUGCCGCUGCUGUCUGGGUGAGCAGCRGGAGCAGCAGAGCGGAGCGCUAAUGAGCUCGCACGGCGCGUCUGCUUCAAGGGAGGCGCUCRUAAGAGCAUCUGCUCAUUUUUACUCCUGUCCCUUUUGUGCUCUGACUAGCCACACUGCCACAGAUUUUCACCAGCCUUUUCAGAACUUACUGAUGCCUUUAGUGUUUGAUGGGAAUUGGCCAGAUCUCUUAGAGUAGAAGGGAGGAAGCGCCGAAACAGAAUGCUCACUGAUUCCCCCUUCUAUUUUUGGUAGUCACAGGUGCUGUAACAUUUCUCACAUCAUUUACUUCUAUUCUUGAUUGCAUUGAGCAACUUAAUUGGAAAAAUAAUUUGUUUGAUUGAAGAAAUUAGACAAGUGACUCAAAUAAUAUAUCUGGCAACUCUGCUAGGAAGCACAGAGAAAAUUAGAUCAAACUGAAAUAUUUUAUAGUUGUGUUUAUUAUUCUGGAAUGUAGCACUGACAAAGCAAGUCUAGGCUUUCAGACUUUGCAUUUACCUUGACCAGUUAAAACUGAAGCAAGUGUGUAGGUUUUAAUUUUCCCAAUGCACUAUUGACUGUUUUGCUACCUUCAAUUUGUAAYUGAUACUCUUCUAAUCAUUGAGGCCUUGUCUCAAGAAUGCAUAUCAGCCUGAACUUAAACUGUAUUGAUUAAAGCUGGUGCUUAAUGUUAAUAAACACAUUCUUAAAUGCUGAUUUGAACUGGGGCCUAAUGCCAGCUGGAGAAAUUACAUUAUUUUCUGUCAGACUGGACCUGAAUGUGCUAUUUACAAUKGUACUUUUAUUUGCAAAUAUUUCUCAGUAUUGAGUUAUGGUUCCUAUAUUGUUUAUAUUUUUAUUGGGUCCUUAAAAAUGACAUUCACUUCAGUGCUGAAAGCSUCAUGCAUCAUUUAAGCUCCUACACUAAUGGAAUAAAUGGAGCAAUGGAAGGGUUUUGUGCAUUGAAGUGAAUAUAUCCAUGAAGAAAAUGGUUUGUAUAUUUUUAUUGGAUCUAAGGACUACAGAAACACUUGUUCUAUUUCAAAACCAUAUCACAGAYAAAAUAGCUGUAUAACUGCUGCUAAAAGGCCCUAAAAAUCAAGAAGAUAUUUAAUAGAAUGUGUUUUAAUUUGAGCUUGUAUGUAUACCUACACAAAUCCACGUAUAUGUGCAUACAUCUAUGUGCAUGUUCACAGGGACACACUGAAUGGUGACAGUAUUAACAUAAGUAAAAUUUAUUUGAGUAAAUAGAAAUUAACUUUACAAUUAAUUACUUAAAAUAGAUAUCAGAGUUUUGGGCUAAUCAUCCAACACAUUAUUGCUGCACUACACAUUUCAGACUGAUUUAAGACCCACAGAAUAAGUGUGGUUUGUUGCAAUAUCUUAAUGGCUGCUGAUCUUUUGUUGUUCUUAUGCUAUGUUGUGGGCUGGUAAAGGAAGUGUAAUUUUCAGAGAAUUGUAAUUAUUUGAAUAAAUGAUAUCUCUUAAAACUAGGUGAUGGAUUUUUUUUUCAGAAAAUCAAUAAGAAUGUUAAAAAAAAAUCUGUCUUUAUGAAAGGUAUUGAAUAAUCUGGUAAGAGCAUACUUUCCCGUCUGCAAAAUGAAGUUAARUUGGAGACUGGUGUUUUAUGUAUGGGCCUGUAACAGUGAGAAGACUGAGAUUAAAUCUCAGGUUCAUAAUUACCRUUUUAGACUUCUGCAACCAUGAUAGGUGUAAAGCUGACAUGGAACCAUUGUUUAUAUUGUUUGACAUAAAGCCUGUUUUCUGUUUUUGUGUGUGGUUUUUUCCACAUUUAUUAGGAUGGACGAAGGAAGCAACUGAAAACCCAAAAAGAAAUAUGUGCUAGAAUCUUUGUUUUCCUUUUUUUUACUUCAGCUGGAUAUUGUCUACGAUGUUAGACUUUUUCUUCUAAACAAAUUUCUAAACCUUUUCUUCUGAGGUACUAUUUUGGGAUGCCAGUUCAAAAGAGCAGUUUGUCUAAUAGAUUUUGUGCUUCAGCAGAGACUUCUUUAGUGUGAGGUCAGUUCCACCAACUGAGAUCUACAGAGUGUUCAUGCAGACCUUACAUUCACUGUGUGACUCAGGUUGAAAUGCAGUUUUAGCAUCAAAAGGUUUUGCAAAUGUUAUCCAAGAAUCUGUCCAGUGAGGAAAGGAUAUCCCCAAAGAUUUCUUCAUUUAAUGGGGAAGCUUGGCCAUAUCGUUGAUUUUUGUUUCUUCCUUGUGAAGUGCUCUGGGCUGUUCUGCCUAAGGCAAGUUGUUAGGAUGCCUCCAGCUCUGUCUGCCAGAGGCACCCCUGGGGUGUCUUUUGCUGUCAUGUGUUGGGGUAGUUUUAGAAUGCUCUGGAGAUACAGGUUUACCUGAGAGUAAAGUUACAGAAUCUUUUUUCUCUCUGCUAUGAUUCUUCUCUUCCUGAUACAGUCCUGGUGCAGUUUGUGUUGAGUGCUGCCGGGUUACCACCAGUACCACAGCUCAAAUUCCAGAUUAAGAAGUCUGAGAAAAAACUUAGGUGCUCUGCUGCUGAUGGGGAUGGUAAGGWGUAAAAGGUGCAGGAGUAAGGAAGUAAAAGGUGCAUCUUUCACUGGCUGUGACACUUUAUUAUGGGCCUGCCUUGUUAAAUCACCUUUCUGAUUUUAUGUCGUGUUUUCCAGUGCAGUCUGUUUCGGUGGGAGAGUUAGCAAUCAGACUUUGCUUGAAUCUGAACUAGAGCAGUUAUGCUUGAGACCAAAUGGAAACUGGAAAAAAAAAAAAAAAAGUACUAACUGAAGUCCCUGUUUUAAGCACAGAAUGUUCUAAAAAAUUCUUUUGAUUUGGGCUACUUAAGAGAAAUUUGUGAUUUCAAUAAGUUACAUUGGGAAACCUGAACCAUAUAUGUGUGGGGUAGAAAGAGACUACGUUGAUAGAUGUAAUUAAUAUAUUUCAGGUUGAAUUGUUUGCAGAAAUAUGUACUUGCAAAACUGAGCUUAUUGUGGCAAGACUGACUGGGAAGAUUCAGAAUUCUUCAACAGAUUAUUUCUGCUUCAGAACCGCUGGAGAGAUUCUCUGUGCUGUCAAUAAAUGAAGUAUUUGUCAAACUCAAGUGUUUUUUGAGACUAGACUGCUCUCUGUAAAAUGGCAGAAAGUCUUGCAAAGUGUUUGCAAUGGUUCACAGUCAGUUUGGGGAUUGCACUGCUUUACUUGCAGCUCCACUGAAAAUGGGAUCUAUCUGCAGUUCAGUUAAGAAAAAAAGCCCUGCUAUUUUAGUUCUCAUCACUGCAGUAGCUUAACUGUCUAGUUAUUGUCUUUCCUGAAAUUUCUUUGAGAAUAUUCCUGUUAUGCUUUGUCACUCAUCUUUUGCUAGAAAUUCAUGAUGAUCUGUGGUACUGAUGAGGAAGAAGGAUGUGGAUGUUAAUGCCACAGCUGCAGUAGACAAUUGUAUUUCCUGCUCACCUGUACAUUCACUCCAUUUCAGAAUUUUUCUUAGUCUACCUCACCUUACUUGAGCCCUGCCUCUUUUUGCUCUAGAAUCCUGUUCUUUGUCUUAGACUCUGGAGCAUCCUAAUCUUUAAGCUGUCUUCUAUACACACUCCCAUUGUGGUCUAAUUUAUGACUCAAAUUUUAGCCAUUUCUGUUUAGAUCCCAUGAAAUCUCUGAAUAUUUUUUUGCCUUUGUUUGCAGAUAGUAUGUGCAUUACAGUCACGACCAUUAUGUCAAAGUUGCCUUAACCUUUUCUUUAAGUCCUAUUAGAGAGCUUCUCAGUGCUACCAUAGGGAAAGGGAUUUCACUGAAGUAACACAAAGAGAGAGUUUUAGAUGUUGGGCAAUAGGUAUUCCAAAGUUCUGUAACCCAUUAUUUUAAAUACCUCUGAAGAUCUUCUACACACUUACAUUUGUAGUCAGCAAAUCCGAAUGCAAGUUAGGGCAAAUGUACUCUUUGUCUUUUAAAAUUAUUUUAGUUCAGUUCCUUAAUGAUCCUCUAAUAUUUAUUGUGCCUGGAAGUAAAGAACACAAUUUCUUGCAAAUUAUUCCUUUGGCUACAUCAACAGUAAAGUCUUUCCUUUCCAAAUGUAAUUGGCAUUGGUUUGUCCAGUACUGCAGACAUUUAGUUUAAGAACUAACAGGUUGAGAUUUGCUCUAUGUAUGAGUUUUAUAACAUUGUUUUCUCCACAUCUACAUUUACAAUAUGCUUAAUUUAAAAGCGAAUAAUGUUUUUGUAUUUGGCUGUUUUUUUGCUUUAUAUGUCUAUUUAAAUUAGAGUAUGAUUGAAAUAUUUCUUCGAACAGACUGUGGUCAUUAGCCUUUAGUUUAUUGUGUCUUAGUAGUUAAUGCUUGUCAUUGGUGUCCACCACUUAUGUUUGCUUUCAGUGUCUCUUUUUCCCACUGUUAACUCCUUCAUCCUACAUAUUGGAACUGUUAAAGCUCAUUGGAUGAUAAGUAUAAACGGCAUAUAACAAUUCUGAGGUCUUCCCAGGGUGUUAAGGUAGAACAUUUUUCAUGUGUGGAUCCUUUCAGGCUUUCUUUGCAGGGGAAAUCAGCUUUCAUGAGAGAUUACUCAAAUUUCACAUAGGAGAAUGUGUCUUGGAGUCUUGUCUUGGUUAAACGACUGAGUAGAACAGCGGCACAUUUUGUUCAUAAUGUGGAGAUAGCUGGCUAGUUCCCUUUCUGUGCUUCUUGAUCUUACAUAGCACAGGUUGGCCAAGUAAAUAAGGUUUGRAAAUGUUGGCAUAGGAUCUUUCUCAGUAGAAUACAGAAAACCAAGAAUGAAGUAGCUCUAAAAUAAUAAUAAAUCUGACUAUUAGUUUAAGAAAGUUUCUGAUUUUACUCAUUAAAUAGAAAAUUCAUCUUCACUGCGUUUUCCUUCCAGAUUUUAGAGAGAAGUUCUAACUAGCUUGAACUUACUACAAAUUUUCAAUAUUAGUAACAAAGUUUAGUUAAGAAAGUUUAUUUUUUCAAAAAUAAGAUUUGAAUAAUCUUGAUAUAGAAAAGGUACUAAAGGUAUUUUUUUAAAAAAGACCAUUUAUGAAAGUUUGCUUUCAUAUAAACUUGUUACAUCAUAGCAGCAUUAACUUGUUUAGUCCUCUCUUGUUAUCCCAGAACACUAUCCCAGUAGUGUCCAAGGAUAACAAGCAUAUCUGGUGAUGAUUAGUGAUCUUUUUUAAUGUCAGUUAUGAAAAACAUUCAGUUUCCCACCUAUGAGUGAAUUAACAAAAGAAGGCAAAUUUACACUAUUUACCAUUUACUCUUGGGGGUUGUAAAAAUAACCUGAUGGUAUUACAUAAAAUACUACUAUUGAGUAUAUACUGUUAAGAUUCCACAGCCCUGAGUAUGUUGUUUGCCUAAAAAAUGCAACCUUGAUUUGUUUUGGCCAGUGAAGAGAAGUUAGUUACAGAAAAUCUGCUAUUUAGUUAGCAAUUAAUUUAUCUCCAAUUGAGUCUCUUGUAGCCACCUCCUCUUUGUCCAGACUACUUGGGCUGGAUGAAAAGAUAUUAACUUAGAACUCCAAACGUACAGCCAGAAAUUUAACUUGAAAAUUAUAUUACAAAAAAUAACCUUCCUCCUUAAUGUGUUUGCAAAAGCUUCCUUUAUUGAAUGAUUUUGAGAGCCAUUUUUACUAAACAGAGGGGGGACACCCAGGUUGAAAUUCAAAUCAGUUUUGAAGUAGGUGAAUACUAUUUGCCUUAAAAUAACUCUUUUUCCAUCGGGUGGGUUAUGGUGAUCAAGCAAAUGUUUGAAAUUACUUGACUCAAGGUCAGAAUUCACUGGCAAGAAAUUGCACCUGUGUCUUGCUGAGGACUUCAAAGAAGAAUGUUGUCUACAUGGUUUCAUCAGAUUUUUUAUUUUGAUUAUAGAAAUGCUGAGGCAGUUCAGGGAAGUAGAAUUUAGGACUUACUCUAAUUCUCUUCCAGCUUGUGGACACUGUAGUUCUGUGAAGAACACACUGAUUUUCCACUUCUGAGCAUGUGCUCUGACCUGUACCUGAGACCUGCACUCCUUAGUGAUAUCAAAAACAUACAUUAGUAAGUGGUAUUUUUUUAGAGUUUUUGAGUUUAUUGGCAUUCUGGACUUUUUGAGGAAUACUGAUGAAAUCUGUAGCCAGGUAAUAGUUUUUUUAACUAACCUUAUUUCUUUUCUUGAUAUAUUCCGAAAUGAUCAGACAUAUUUUAAAUGGACAAGAUUUUUGUCUUAUUUUCAUUAACUAAACAGUGUUAGGGUGAAUUCUGAUUUGGAAUGUUUACAUUAAACAGGACCUCCUUCUUCACAGGUACAGGAGUUUUGGUGUGAUUUGGUUUUCCUAGGCUAAUCAAUCAUGUCAUACAACCAAAUAUUGGAUCUCUGGUAGACAUAACUCAGUAUGUUUGAAGGUAUGUAACAAACCAGAAAAUGUUAAGUCCUCUCACACAUUACCCAUUGGUAACAUUUUGUGGCGAUGCUCUUAUAUCUCUUUGGUUUUCAUAGUAAAAUUUUCAUUUCAAUUAAAAAAGUGAUUCAAAGGUAUUUUAUAAAUUUACUAACACUUUUCAUUCAAGUUUUUCUUUCAAGUUUCUAUUUGGGCUUUUUAAUGAACAGACACAGCAGUCAGUGUUUUUUUCUGAUUGCACUAAGCGACACCAAUGAAGAGAUGAACUGUGUUUGUAUAUGCCUUAUUUCACCCUUUCUAACACCUCCAUUUUCAACACCUUUAAAUAUUUCUUAAUUUAUUAAAUUAAGAAUGGUCAGAUUGUUUUCUGGUGCACUCAUGCUUCCUUGUUACUACUUAGCAGCAGUGAAGUGAAUCCUCCUUAUUCUUGCCUGUUGUUAGCUGUUCAGAGACUAAAAAUAACUAAUAAAAAUUAAAGACAGGCCUGUUGCCUCCAAAAGUACAUUAUGCUCUAUACUGCCCCUUUUAAUAAAUGUUUUUAUCUUCUUAGCUCUUGAUAUUCACCUUUCUAUUCCCYGAUGUAUCAUUAGUGAGAAGAACACAUAAAAGUGGAUCCUUCCCUCAUGGCCACACAAGACCCUGUCAUAAAAUUGCAAACUCUCCAUUCAAGUUAUCUCUUUGCAAUUAAUGAACUGUGAAAAGAAAUCGCACAGUGAAAGAACGCAGCUUCAUUUAUGAUUAGGUCUUAAACAGAAGGCCAGGUUAUAUGCUACUUGGAUUGCAAAAAUUACUUACUUUCUCCUAUUAUAUUUUUAUUAGCAGGAUAAAAUGUCUAGUAGGCUAACAGGAGUAAAAAUUCUGAAUGCAAGURAAAUGAUAUAGUCUUUAUUCUGAGUAAAACAAAGUCUUAUGAACAUUUUUACUUAUAUUCCAUUUUCAGACAAYAACUAUAGUUUAUUAGGAAGCUAGAGCUCACAUCACCAUCUGCUUUCARUAACAACUUUUGAAUGAAUACGUAYACUAGAAACUAUUUUCUUUCYCAGAAUCAGAACUUUUUGCCAUAGAUUUCUAGAAAUAAACUAGAUUUAUAUUUUAAAGUAAUUUUUAUUUUCUUUCAAAGUCAGUUAACUCAAGUUAAUUGACAAUUAUCUGAACCAUGAGAAAGCUUUUACCACAAAGGCUGACACCUACUGCAUUCAGCAUGCCGUACAUUUUACAUGAUUGAAAAAAAUUUGUGUUGCCUCUUUUAAGRCCAAAUGCUUCUUCUGUUGUUCCCUGAUAUUUGUGUGCACUUUGUUUUCAGUUGUUGAGCUCCAGACUCCAGUGGAAAAGAAAAAUUUCAAUUUAUUUGGUGUUGCCCUAAACACUUACAAGUGAAGGAGGYGAGCUGCUUAUAAGAGGUUUCAGAAUAAGAUGAUGAACUGGUUUGACAGCAAUAAAAGUUCCCUAGGAAGCUGCAUCUGUGUCUUCAAGAAAUGAUCAAGGUCAUCUCACUCACUCUACAAUUUGAUUCAGGCCCCCAAAGGUUAAUGUCCAGUACAUUAGGCAUGUUAUAAUUGAACUGUUGAGAAGCAAAAUAUUAAUGAACUGCCUUCCCUUUGGAAGUAAUCUAGGUUUCUUAUUACUAGCACUGGCAGCAUUCUUGUUCUCAGCAUCUAAUCGACACUUAAUGGUGCUCUCUUGGUGUCUCUAAUUUUCCAUAAUUAAUGUGCAUGUAAAAUGAAUCUUGUAAAUAUUGUGUGCUCAUAUACCACAUGCUGAAUAAUGUAAGCAAGCUAUUAUAGGUUGCUUAUUUUUGUCCCUUGUGGUCUCUGUAUCUCAGAACUCUGCAUUAACWUGGAGCUGUGAGGGAAAAAUCUACCAGGCAGUUCACCUCAUUGAAAAGUAUAACCCAGAAACAAUGAAAAAAUUCUGCAGAGCAAAAAGAUCAAGUAGGUUCUUUUUUUUUGUUUGUUUUUCCAUUCCARACCAGUCUAGUGAAUGAUAGAUUGCAGAAUUUUCAACUGACAUGUAUUAGACUGAUAUGUAGGAUAUUUACAAAUAUACCUCUCCAAAMUAAUUAUGGUUUUAAUAUCUAAAUGUCUUGCAGAUGGCCUUUGUGACUACUUAGGAAAGCAAGAGUUCUCCACUCUUGUAAUAUCUAAUGAAAUUAUGAAGUAAAAAUAUAAAUUUUAUAGCUUGUUGAAGUUAUAUUGAGGCACUCUACCAAGAGGAAACUUUUUUUUUCAGUUUUAAGUGUGGGCUGAGUUUCCAGAAAAUGAAAUAUCAGGUCAUUAGAAAUAUCAGAAAUUUGUUGUACAUUAGAGAAUCAAAAAUUUAUUUUAAUUUUUUAAAAUCUUUUGUAUCAGUCUUCAUUCUUCAGUGCAGAAUGCUGGCUUAAUGUUAUUGUAUUGGAUAACUGUGAUUAAAGGAACAAAGAUUUUCUCACCUUAUUAUUGUGCUGCUAUUAUCUUGUAUUUAAUUCUGCUUGCCUUGUAAUCUUUACUGUGUUUAAAGAACUUUCAGUGAGACAGGUCAGGGAGUCUCAGYCCUCACAGCAAAUAGAUACCAUAAGAGUGUCAUCUUUUAACAGUUACGUUUUUAAUAAGCGCUUUUCCAGCUGCUGCUUGUAAUAUACAGUCUGUUUCAUGGAAAUCAAAUGGAGUCUUCAUUUUUUCUGAUUGAAGUUAGAAAGGGCUUGCUCAUCAGAAUUCUGUACCAGUUCUCUUUUUUCGUCUCUUCAUUUAUCAUCUGCCACUGGAAAUUACAUGAAGGUUGAAUCUAGGUCCAUGCAGCAAUCUGGCAGCUAGGGUGCCUUAUUUUCAUACAUUUUUCCGCACAGAUUCAAAUAAAAAUGAAUUUUAAAGUAGAGGAAAAAAAAUAUAGAUUCAGCUUAAUUGAAAGAAAACAUAYAGAGUCCUGGCUACAGCAAAGCAUUCUGUAUAUGUAAAUAAAUGGCAGUUGACUAUUGCAUGUCUGUUAUAAACUUGAAGAAAAUGGUUGUCUAGCAGACUG